CUCUCUCUCUCACACGUUCUCCAACCCAAGGACGCCAGACAGAGGGACGUGGUCACUCUCUGAAAGGUUCAGCUGGAGAGAAACAAAAUGCAGUGGGCCUCCCUCCUGCUGCUGGCCGGGCUCUGCUCCCUCUCCUGGGCCCAGUACGACGAAGAUCCCCACUGGUGGUUCCACUACCUCCGCAGCCAGCAGUCCACCUACUACGAUCCCUAUGACCCCUAUCCGUAUGAGCCCUACGAGCCCUACCCCUAUGGGGUGGAGGAGGGCCCAGCCUAUGCCUAUGGCUCUCCGCCCCCUCCAGAGCCCCGUGACUGCCCUCAGGAGUGCGACUGCCCACCCAACUUCCCCACAGCCAUGUACUGUGACAACCGCAACCUCAAGUAUCUGCCCUUUGUCCCUUCCCGCAUGAAGUACGUCUACUUCCAGAACAACCAGAUCUCGUCCAUCCAGGAAGGCGUCUUCGACAAUGCCACCGGGCUGCUCUGGAUUGCUCUCCAUGGCAACCAGAUCACCAGUGAUAAGGUGGGCAGGAAGAUCUUCUCCAAGCUGAAGCACCUGGAGAGGCUAUACCUGGACCACAACAACCUGACCCGGAUGCCCGGCCCGCUGCCUCGAUCCCUGAGGGAGCUCCAUCUCGACCACAACCAGAUAUCGAAGGUCCCCAACAACGCUCUGGAGGGGCUGGAGAACCUCACAGCCUUGUACCUCCAGCACAACGAGAUCCAGGAAGUGGGCAGUGCGAUGAGGGGCCUCCGGUCACUGAUCUUGCUGGACCUGAGUUACAACCACCUGCGGAAGGUGCCUGAUGGACUGCCCAUAGCCCUCGAGCAGCUGUACCUGGAGCACAACAAUGUCUACUCCGUCCCCGACAGCUACUUCCGGGGGUCACCCAAGCUGCUAUACGUGCGGCUGUCCCACAACAGUCUCACCAACAAUGGCUUGGCCUCCAACACCUUCAACUCCAGCAGCCUCCUUGAGCUUGACCUCUCCUACAACCAGCUGCAGAAGAUCCCCCCAGUCAACACCAACCUGGAGAAUCUCUACCUCCAAGGCAAUAGGAUCAAUGAGUUCUCCAUCAGCAGCUUCUGCACCGUGGUGGACGUCAUGAACUUCUCCAAGCUGCAGGUGCUUCGCCUGGACGGGAACGAGAUUAAGCGCAGCGCAAUGCCGGUGGACGCGCCCCUCUGCCUGCGCCUCGCCAGCCUCAUCGAAAUCUGAGUGGCCCUUGCACGGGGCACGGGGCCGAAGGCCCCCACGCCCCACUGCAUCUGGCUUGAUGGUUUGGUUUGGCUUUUGCUGGAAGGUCUGGGACAGACCAUGUGACAGAACUCCAUGGGCUCCCUCUGUAGUCUUCUUCCAUGUAGGCAGGGUCAGGUGGGAUCAGGGGACAGGCAGCCUUUUACUGAGGGACAUGGCUGCAGCUCUCUUUCCAGGACAG